GCCCGCCGCAAUACAUCCCGAUCAAAGCAGAACCCUCACCGCGAUGCGUCGAGAACCACUGCCAUUUCUCAACCCUGAGUCCGAUCGCAAGGUCGACACCAGCGCCGGCUCUAACAGCGACGCCGAGUCAGAAGCCAAUAUCACCUUCUGGCUGGGCACCCGCCGAGUCACGGCGCGUGGGGAGGUGUGCGGUCACCACCCCAACGUGAUAUUCCCGCGUGUGCUGCCGAGCCUGCCGAGUCUACUUCUCUUCCGCCUGUCCUGCCUCCUCCCCACGGCUUGGAGAGAGCGCCUCGAAGCGCGAUGGCCUGAAUGGUUUUUGCCUGAUGAUCUUGUUAUGAAGAGAGAGAAGCCCAAUUGGCAAGAAGAAUUCGAUAACGAAGUGGACAUAUACAAACUUCUAGCCCCGUUGGGUGGCCACGUUGUGCCUAAGCUUUACGGCCAAACCAAGUACCCGGGCACGGACAAAAUCAAAAGGCGCGCGCUUAUUAUGUCGAACAUUGGUGGGGUUUGGCUGGGUGAGCCCGAGGUGGGCUCGCUUCCCCUCGAUCACGUUGAGGAGAUGCUAAAUAGCGCAUUCCGGUCCAUCGCCGACGCCGGGGUCGCACAUUGCGAUACGAAACUCGACAAUAUGCACAUUGUGGGCGAUAAAAUCAUGAUUUUCGACUUUGACACGUCGGAGAAGGCGGAGGACAAUGUGAGUCUGGAGCGCGAAGUAGGGUAUUCGGUCAGCUGGGUUUUGCGGCAGUAUAUCAACCGCCACGAUCGCUUCCCCAAGGGAAUUCCCUGGGGAGUGCUCCCUUGCGACCGGCCAUCUUGGCCUAGACCUCCAAAACAAGAAUAUCAACGGGGCCCAUUUGGUCCCCUCGGAUGCUUGGAACCCAGAGACAAUGGUGUCCCACAGCCGUAGGCGAAUAGGAACAAAGAAGCGAACGUCGGGCAUGGGACAGCUUCUCUUGGAUGCCUAGACUGCGGAGCACAAGUGUAUUGAGCGUCUGACAAAGGAUGGUUCCCAGCGAGAUUAAGUGGCCUACAUUAUAUUUUAGGGCAGCCGGAUACGGCAUGAAAGUCGCAGCUAGCGCUGACAUCGGAUACCAUGCCGACGGCAUCCGUGCGGUGGAUGUUGGCGGACAUGUCACCGUAGCCUUGCCACUCCGGCCGAGAAAUGAUAAUAAAUUCACGUUUCGAUGUACCCG